AUGCCUGAGCAUGAUCCUGCGCCUGCGCAUGAUCCUGAGCCUGAGCCUGAUCCUGUGCCUGAGCAUGAUCCUGGACCUGAGCAUGACUUUAAGCCUGUGCCUGAGCCUUCGCCUUCGCAUGAAUCUGAGCCUGAGCCUGAUUCUGUUCCUGAGCAUGAUCCUGUGCCUGCGCAUGAUCCUGGGCCUGAGCCUGAUCCUUUGCCUGAGCAUGAUCCUGGACCUGAGCAUGAAUAUGAGCCUGUGCCUGAGCCUUUUCCUGCGCAUGAUCUUGAGCCUGAGCCUGAUCCUGGGCCUGAGCAUGAUCCUGGACCUGAGCAUGACUCUGAGCCUGAGCCUGAUCCUGAGCCUGCGCAUGAUCCUGAGCCUGAGCCUGAUCCUGUGCCUGAGCAUGAUCCUGCACCUGAGCAUGACCCUGAGCGUGAUCCUGAACCAUUGCCAGAGCUAGUUACGGUAUUGUUAUGA